AUGUUACCACUCCUCACCUCCUUCUACCCACCCCUCACCUCCCGCACCCCCCUCCCCUUCUACCACGCCCCCGCCACCCUCAUCCUCUCAAUCCUCCCUUUCCUCUCCUCAAACAAAACCCUCACAGCCACCCUAACAUUCCCACUCUUACUCUACCUCUGCCUCUCCUGGCCCUGCUACACAACCGGCGACCCUUCGAAUGACUACUACAACGGUAGCCAAUUCAUCGCGGUCCCGCUGUGGUAUUUGGAUUUCGUCUUCCUCACUCCCAGGGAUGGGGAGGGAGCGCCGGCGUUUGUUGGGGAGAGGGCUCUGCACAAGCAAGGCGGAGAGAAAAGGGGCGUUCCUGCGAAGUAUUGGAGGGACUUUACGACGUCGUGGGAGAGGUUCACGUGGGCGUUUCGGCUUAUGCUCCCGGCGCAGAGGGGCAUUGGGUGGAAUUGGCAGGUCAAAGGGAUUCCGCACGAUUCGGAGGGGAGGUUGUCGAGGUGGGAGUUUGUGGGUCGGAAGACGUUUUGGGCGGUUUUCUUUUAUCUGCAGUCUGUGGUGCCGUUGACGGUGCUGGGGUUUGGGGUUGCUUUUAGGGAGCAUUUCCGCCCUGAGCAGAGAGUCGACAGCGCUGUUGCUGGUGCGAUUGUGGGUUGGGCUGGGGCGAUAUGGGUGUGGGAUCGAUUGAACUGUGCGUACAGCCUCGCAGCUGCCUUCUCGGUGGCGGUCGGCAUGACUGAGACCUGGGAGUGGCCGCCUCUAAUGGGACCCUUGAAAGACGCCUGGAGCGUGAGACAGAUGUGGAGCGCAACAUACCAACAAGCCUGCCGCCGACUCCUCUCCCGCCCCUCCCUCCUCCUCACCCGCCUCCUCCACAUCCCCAAAGGCUCCCCCCUCUCCAGCCCCACCCAGCUCUUCCUCACCUUCAGCAUAAGCUAUCUCUUCCACCUCGCGCAAAUCUUCAACGUCACGCGGCGAGACAUGGGCGAAUUCGCCUUCUUCAUGUCCCAGCCCUGCGCCAUCUGCGUGGAAGAUGUCGUGAUUUGGGCGUGGAGACGGAUGGGGUUGGUGGGGAGGGAUCGGGGGUGGGAGAGGGUAGUGGGGUAUGUGUGGGUUGUGGCGUGGUUUUCGUAUAGUUUGAGGAUGUAUGUGGGUGGGCUAGUGGAGGCGGAGGUGGUGAAGGAUUGGGUUUGGGCGUAUGGGCCUUUGGGGGUUGGUGCUGGGUUUGGGAGGGAGGUGUUGGGAUGGUUAUUAGCGUAG